ACUGACUCGGCCGCACGCUGCAGCCGCGGCUGGAAGAUGGCGGGGAACGACUGCGGCGCUCUGCUAGACGAGGAGCUCUCCUCCUUCUUCCUCAACUAUCUCGCUGACACGCAGGGUGAGGGAUCCGAAGAGGAGCAUCUCUGCGCUGACUUUCCAGAACUUGACCUCUCCCAGCUGGAUGCCAGUGACUUUGACUCAGCUACGUGCUUUGGGGAGCUACAGUGGUGCCCAGAGACUUCAGAGACUGAGCCCGGCCAGUAUAGCCCUGAUGACCCUGAGCUCUUCCAGAUUGACAGUGAGAACGAAGCUCUCCUGGCCGCCCUCACCAAGACCCUGGAUGACAUCCCUGACGAUGACGUAGGGUUGGAUUCCUUCCCAAGCCUGGAUGGUGGAGAAGACACACGGCCCUGUGUCCCCACUUCACCUCCCCCCUUGUCUACACCCCCCAGCCCUGCCCCAGUGUCUGAGGUGGAUGAACUCUCACUGCUUCAGAAGCUCCUCCUAGCCACAUCGUCCCCAACAUCAAGCUCUGAUGCCCAAGAGGGAGCUGCCUGGCGCCAGAACAGCCUCAGGUCCAGAAGCCAGCGGCCUUAUGGCAAGGUGGACAGCACCCUGGACAAGAAGGCCCCCGUUCCACGGUCUCAGAGCCGAGCUUGUACAGAGCUGCAUAAGCAUCUCACUUCCAUGCCACCCUGUCUCCAGCCUAAAGCCUGCUCCCCAGCUCCACCCCUGAGUCCCCAGCUCCUUACCAAGGAUGUGGGGGAGGACUGUCCGAGCCCUUGUCCAGAGUCAGCCUCCCCCCAGAACUCCACAGCACUGGGCAGAGCCAGCCCCAGUGCCCAGGUUUCCCAGGAGGAUAUGCAGGCCAUGGUGCAGCUUAUUCGCUACAUGCAUACCUACUGCCUGCCCCAGAGGAAGCUGCCCCCAGGUGCCCCGGAGCUGGCCCCCAAGCCCUGCUGCAGCCCCUCCAGGCAGGUUACACCCCGGCCCUGGCAUCCUGCCAAAGCUUCCUGGGCAGAAUUCUCCAUCCUGAGGGAGCUUCUGGCUCAGGAUGUCCCCUGUGAUGUCAGCAAACCCUACCGCCUGGCCACGCCUGUCUACGCCUCCCUCACACCCAGGCCCAGGAACUCCAGAGACAGCCAGGCCUCCCCUUCCCACCCCUCCCCAGCAGAAGAGGUGAGGAUCACAGCGUCCCCUAAAAGCACUGGGCCGAGACCCAGCCUGCGCCCACUGCGGCUGGAGGUGAAAGGGGAUGUUGGUGGGUCCACCAGGCUGGAGCAGGAGGAGGAGGAAGAAGACGAGGAGGAGGAAGAAGAAAAAGAGGAGGAGGAGGAGGAGGAAGAGGAAUGGGGCAAGAAGAGGCCAGGCCGAGGCUUGCCAUGGACCAAGCAGGGGAGGAAGCUGGAGAGCUCUGUGUGCCCUGUGAGGCGUUCUAGGAGAUUGAACCCUGAGCUAGGUCCUUGGCUGACAUUCACUGAUGAGCUGCUGGUCCCCUCAGAGCCCCAGGGUGCUCUGCCCUCACUGUGCCUGGCUCCUGAGACCUAUGUCGUUGAGGAGGAACUGGGUAGCCCCACAGAUAAGGAUAAUAGUCAAGACCAGCAACUCCUUCUGGGAUCCCAAAUCACUGCCCUGGAGAGCCCGUGUGAGAGUGGGUGUGGGGACACGGAUGAAGAUUCCAGCUGCCUGCAACUCCCUUCCAGAGACUCCCCCAGGUGCCUCAUGAUGGCCUUGUCACAAAGUGACCCCCCUUUUGGCAAGAAGAGCUUUGAGCAGACCUUGACCGUGGAGCUCUGUGGCACGGCAGGACUCACCCCACCCACCACGCCUCCAUAUAAGCCCAUGGAGGAGGACCCUUUCAAGCCGGACAUCAAGCACAGCCUAGGCCAGGACACAGCUCCCCCUCCCUCCUCCCCUGAGGCUAUCCAUCUCACAGCCACCCUAGGGGCUGCCCACAAGCUGCCCAAAAGGCACCCAGAGAGGAGCGAACUCCUAUCUCACCUGCGGCAUGCCACGGCCCAGCCAGCCUCCCAGGCUGGCCAGAAGCGCCCCUUUUCCUGCUCCUUUGGAGACCAUGACUACUGCCAGGUGCUCAGGCCAGAGGGUGCCCUGCAGAGGAAGGUGCUGAGGUCCUGGGAACCAUCAGGGAUCCACCUUAAGGACUUGCCCCAACAGGGUGCCUCCCUGCCUACUGAGACAAAGGCCUGUGGGAGGGAGGCAGAACAGAGCUGUGAUGCCCCACCCAAGGACAGCCUGCAGCUGAGAGAUCACGAGAUCCGUGCCAGCCUCACCAAGCACUUUGGGCAGCUGGAGACUGCCCUGGAAGAUGAAGACCUGGCCUCUUGCAAGAGCCCAGAGUAUGACACUGUCUUUGAGGACAGCAGCAGCAGCAGUGGCGAGAGCAGCUUCCUCCUGGAGGACGAAGAGGAGGAGUGUGGGGAGGAGGAUGAUGAAGAAGAAGAGGACUCAGGGGUCAGCCCCCCUCACUUUGACCACUGCCCCUACCAGAGCCCACCUAGUAAGGCCAGUCGACAGCUCUGUUCCCGUAGCCGCUCCAGCUCUGGCUCCUCAUCCUGCCGCUCAUGGUCGCCAGCCACCAGGAGAAAUUUUAGAUACGAGAGCAGAGGGCCAUGUUCAGAUGGAACCCCAAGCACCCAGCAGAGCAGGAAACAGCGGGAAAAGGCCAUUCAGGGUGAAGGCCGUGUGGUAUACAUUCGAAAUCUCUCUAGCGACAUGAGCUCUCAGGAACUGAAGAGGCGCUUUGAGGUGUUUGGCGAGAUUGUGGAGUGCCAGGUGCUGACAAGAAAUAAGAGGGGUGAGAAGCAUGGCUUCAUCACCUUCCAGUGUUCAGAUCACGCAGCCCUGUCCCUGAGGAGCGGCGCGGCCCUGAGGAAGCGCAGCGAGCCCUCCUUCCAGCUGAGCUACGGGAGGCUCCAGCACCUCUGCUGGCCCAGACACGCCCGCUACGAUCCCACCUCAGAAGAGGCCCUUCCCACAUCUGGGAAAAGCAAGUAUGAAGCCAUGGAUUUUGACAGCUUAUUGAAAGAGGCCCAGAGGAGCCUGCAUUAAUAUCAGCCUUAACCUUCGAGGAAUACCUCAAUACCUCAGACAAGGCCCUUCCAAUAUGUUUACGUUUUCAAAGAGAUAAGUAUAUGAGAAGGAGAGCGAGCAAGCGAGCGUGAGAAAACACACAUGAGAGAGACUUGAACCUGCUGUCCUUUCCUUUUAAAAACAAAUCAAUGUUUACAUUGAACAAAGCUGCUUCUGCCUGUGAGUUUCCAUGGUGUUGACGUUCCACUGCCACAUUAGUGUCCUCGCUUCCAACGGAUUGUCCUGGGUGCACUUCAAAGUGCUGGGUCAGUCACCUUCUGCCCAGCUGACUUCCUCUUGUAGACUUGCAGCUGUGUUCACCAUAACAUUUUUUGUCUGUAG